GGAGUAUAUUUAGAACUGUUGCUCUGAUGUGACGAAAAUCACUUGGCUCAUGUCACUCAAACAGCUAUUGCGAUCAUGACACAUCCACUAUUCUUGCCGUUAAUUUGCAUUUAUUUGAAACUUGUCAACGGAUUUUUUCCAAAUCAUUUGUCAAGUUUGGACCUUGGGAAAGAAACGUUUACACACCAGGAUAUUACAGAGGUGGGAAUAUUGAGAGCAGUCGCGGCAUAUUUUGAGGAAAACCCCCGCCCGGAAUCUCCUGUUGGCAAGGGCGAGUUGACCGGAUUGGCGCAUAUAACAGCCAGAAAACUGUUUGACCGAUAUUAUGGCGAGGACGCCUCAGAGAAGCGUUUCAAAGAAGCCAUCGACACAAUCACCAGUGCAAACAAUCUCGUGGACGAAAACUACUUAAACAUCGCCAAGUGGCACUGUCAGGGCGAAACAAUACGGGCAGCGAAUGAACAAAUGAUUCAGCUGAGAGAACAAAUAAUCCAACUGUUCGAAGAGGACAAUCCUAAUCUAGACUAUGCGAUGGAGUUGUGCGGUCAGUUUUUGCAUAUUAUGCAAAUGUUCUACAGCAACAGCAACUGGGUGGAGCUCUCCGGGGCGGUUCCAUACUACUCCCUCGGCCUGCGCGGUAGACCACUGUACGGUCAGGCCCCGCCUCCCAUGGAUACCUGCCGAUCAUGUGGACAAUACGGCGACGGCGAUUGCAAGGACAACUUGAUUAUUAAGGGGUCCUUACUAACAAGCGGAUACAGGAGUGGCCAAGAUGUACAGAAACCAUUCAAGGAUCCGAAACUUAGCCAAAUAGGAAAAUGCAGCCAUGGUGGGUCGUUCGACGACUCUGCAUCAACCAGCGCAGCAAUUGGAGGUAUCAACAAGGACGCCACCUCUCCAUCACUCAGCCCCCACUAUCAUCUGCAUCGGGCUGCUGUCGCCACAGCCAUCAACCACACUGCAUUCUUCUUCGAGGAUAAGGAAUAUGGUCUACGGCAUGUGCUAGGCAAUUCAAACUACGAGCAGCUGCUGCAAUUAAAAUCUGGAAAAUCGAUAGCCCUAGUAUUAGACUACUCCGGAUCAAUGAGUGAUGAAAUUGAAGCCGUGAAGACCAAGAUAGGCGAAAUUAUCAACACUGUGUCGGGGACAAUCAACGAACCAUCUAACUACAUCAUCUCUCUGUUUAAUGACCCACUUUCACUAAACAAAGUAGUGCAGUUCGCCUCCGGUAAUGAGACGCUGACGUACCUUCAAACAGUUGCGGUGAAUGGGGGUGAUGAUUGUCCUGAGUAUGCAAUGGAUGGCCUUCUUAAAGCCUUAACACUGUGUCAGCCCGACUCGGAGCUGUACGCCUUCACAGAUGCUUCAGCCAAAGAUCCGGAAAAAACAACUAUUGUGAGAACUCUUGCAUUGGAGAAGAGAGUGAAAAUUGAUUUUCUUCUGACAGGAGAUUGUUCCUCCAGGAAGAAAAGAUCAUACCAAAUGAGAAUACGAAAGCUGGAUACACCGAGAUCAAAGCGCUCAACUGACGGACUCGAUCUCUUCCGGUCUCUCGCAGCCUCGACAGGCGGAUCAGUCUACGUUACCAACAAACGUGGUAUAUCUUCUGUAGCAGAUAUGAUAAAGGAGUCUGUCUCCGCGUCAUCAGUCACAGUACUCAAGAUGAGCAUGGAAUGGAACAGGAGUCUCAACAUCACAUUUCCAGUGGAUUCCUCUGUCCGUCAGCUGACUAUCAAAAUACUCACAGUUGGCGAUACUCCUUCUGAGAAAAUUUAUUCACCAGAUGGGAGUAACUUCACAUCAAAUAUGACUAUUAAGGAUCUUGGCAACGGCAUUAAACUGAUCAAGUUGAAGACUCCCAUGCAAGGACUCUGGAGUGUAGCCCGCCUGGGAUCUAAUGACUGGGAAAUUGAAAUAUCAGCAAGGAGCAUACUGGACGCAUCAGUCAAGUUUGUACAGAGGAACGAAAUUACUGGAUUUGAUUACGAGCUCACUGGUCGACCCAUUGCAGGUGACACUGUGACAUUGAUUGCUACAUUACCAUCUAUGAAUCUACUCACAACACUGAACAGCCUUCUCCUGUUGAAUUCGGAUGGACUUGAGCUCACACGCCAUGACGGGUUUGAGCGUGUGAAGGGACGAGAGGAGUCAGCCAUGUUUAGAAAGGAAUUUGUUCUCCCUGGCCAGUCAUUCCGGAUAGGUCUGAUAGGAACAGACAACCAUGGACAUCAGUUUCAACGAUUUCAUUCCAAACAAAUUGUUCCUGUCCACAUCAAGCUGAAAUUCCUUCCGAUAAACGGUACUCUCUACAUCAAUGAGCGACUGGCUGUCCCUUUUGAGGUGACCAACAAAGGAGAUGCGGAGUCGUCCAUCGACGUCAACUUCAAGGACGACCAAGGGUUUGCCGAGACUCCAGUCACACAGACAUUUGAUAUAGGACCUGGUGACAGUGCAUCGGGGACGUUCUGGCUGCAAGCAGGAUCACAGGAAGGAGUUACUACGACUGUGACAGUGUCGGCGAGGGCAUCAUCGAGUGAUUCAGGCCGUUUUCAAUACAUCAUACGACGUCUGUCCACAUCGAAGAGAGUUGUGCGAAAGGUAGAUACAACCAACCCCGUUUGCAACAUCACCUCCAUAGCAGGAACAUGCGACCUCACAGUGAUUGACUCGUGUACCUGUAAUACUAAUCGAUGGUCGGCAUCAGCUGAACUGUGGGACGAGGGCUUCGGACUCUAUCAAGCUACAUCCUCUAUCAGCGAGGAUGAUGGCACUUUCAGUCUUCAGAAUUUCAACAUGAGCCACACCCUAGAGGAAGGCGUAAUAACAGCUCGUGUGUCCUCCAGCUGCUGUAACGCCCUGGCUUACAUUAACGUUGUGGACAUGGCUGGCAACUCCGACACCUGUUUGAUUAACCGCUUGACCGACGGCGGUGUCCCUGUCACCAACUCCUCCGUCACGGAGAGAGCUUACAUCAAGAGACAAUGCGUUGUUGACACUGGCAAUGACAAGAAGCCGGAGAAGAAACAGAGUCGGAAUCAAGGCGGCUUACAUGUUGGAAUUGUUGUCGGCACUGUGGUAGGUGUCACUGCCUUGAUCAUCGUCAUCGUCAGUCUCGUUGUCGUCAAGAAACGGAAGCAAUAUUCCAGCAAUAUCACGGCGCGGACACCAGAGAUGGGUGUCACACAUUGUACCCAUGUGGGGAAUCGAACCUAGGCGAUCGGCGUGAUGAGCGUACGCUUUAACCACUACGCUACCCAACCUCCUUGUAAGCCAAUAGAACAAAACCAUGAUGAAGUACUUUUCUGCUGACAAUCUCUCAUACAGUGUUCAAUGAAAGUGUGUCGUUAAAAGUUAAAACUGUUCAGAGAGAAACUUUGCAUGUUGUUUGAGCAUCCUAAUUCUUUCAAGCAAACGAUUUGUGUUCAGGGCGUUUUAUCGCUGAAUCCCGUUACUAAGCGACAUGGAUGUGUUAUCUCAUACCUUUUAAUGUACAAAAUAAACUCAUGUUCAGAUA